AGCAGUAGACAUUUUCUAAAAUGGCUCGGUUCUUUGGAAAGUGGUAUUGUAUUACUGAUUUACGGUUUUGGCUCCUAGUCAUUAUUUUAUUCAACGAUGCGGAACAGGUGAAUGCAGUCUGGCCAAUGCCACAGAGGAUAAGUCAGUCCACCCAGCAAUAUACCCUAAAUCCGCAGGCAUUCUUGUUCCAGUAUAGUAAUGGUUCGGUAGUUCAGCCCGGAUGUUCUGUCCUUGAUACAGCUUUUAAAAGAUACUUUGCUAUCAUCUUUCCUGACGUAACAGGCGAAGGACGCAACAGUUAUCACAUUUGGUUUGAGCCCGCGGCUUUCACAGUUUUUGUGGAUGUCAAAAAAGAUGAGUGUGACGGUUACCCUGAUGAAAAUUCUGCAGAGAACUAUAAAUUGAGUAUAUCUGCAGGCCAAGCAGUCUUGAGUUCAGAGACAGUGUGGGGAGCACUGAGAGGUUUGGAGUCACUUAGUCAGCUGGUGUACCAAGAUGAUUAUGGUGCUUAUUUUAUCAAUAAGACAGAAAUUGAGGACUUUCCUCGCUUCCCAUUCAGAGGGCUUCUGUUGGACACAUCAAGGCACUAUUUACCUGUCCAGGCCAUACUCAAGACCCUGGAUGCUAUGGCCUAUAGUAAAUUCAAUGUGUUUCACUGGCAUAUUGUGGAUGACCCCUCCUUCCCCUACCAGAGUCGCACAUUUCCUGAUCUCAGCAACAAGGGUGCCUUCCACCCACUGACGCACAUCUAUACCCAGACAGACGUGAGGAGGGUCAUAGCACAUGCCAGGCUGCGAGGAAUCAGAGUGGUGCCAGAGUUUGACUCACCAGGGCAUACCCAGUCCUGGGGUAAAGGGCAGCAUGAUCUACUGACUCCUUGCUACAAAGGAGAUGUUCCCUCUGGAAUGUAUGGCCCAGUUAACCCCAUUCUUGACUCCAGUUACAAGUUCAUGGCCCAGCUGUAUAAGGAGGUGGCCUUAGUCUUUCCUGACUCCUAUGUUCACCUUGGAGGGGAUGAGGUCAGCUUCACCUGCUGGAAGUCCAACCCAAACGUGCGAGCCUUUAUGGCGAAGAUGGGCUUUGGUAGUGAUUACACUAAACUGGAGUCAUUCUACAUGGAGAACAUUAUGAACAUGACUGCGGCACUCAACAAAACCUCCAUUGUUUGGCAGGAUGUUUUUGACUACCAUGAAAGGAUCCCUCAGGACACUGUGCUGGAGAUAUGGAAGGGUACGCCUCCAAAGUAUCGUGAGGAGCUGAGCAGGAUCACCAAAGCUGGGCACAGGGUCCUACUCUCUGCUCCCUGGUACCUCAACCACAUCAGCUAUGGCCAGGACUGGCAGAAUGCCUACUUGGUGGCGCCGCGGAACUUCUCCGGUACAGAGGCACAGAAGAAGCUUGUGAUUGGCGGUGAAGUGUGCAUGUGGGGAGAGUACGUGGAUGCCACAAAUCUCACUCCACGUCUAUGGCCCAGGGCGUGUGCAGCCGCAGAGCGCCUGUGGAGUGAUGAGGAGCAGACAUCCAGUGUAGCACAGGCCUAUCCUCGUCUGCAGGAGUUCCGCUGUAAGCUACUCAGACGUGGGAUCCAGGCGGAGCCUCUGUUUGUAGGCCACUGCAAACAUGAGUAUCAAGGUGCGUGAGGAAAAAGAAGAGGGGAUCCUGAACGAGUGGUUUACACUUCCAGAACUUUCUCAGCGAAAUAUCGUGGAUGCAGAUUCUUUUUGCUUUGUGGGGACAAAAAAGCUCUCUCUCUUUCUUUUGAUUUAAUAUGUUGAGGAUCACUCAACCCAUGGUGACAUCAUUCUAAGACAUGUAAUUUUCUAAUGCUUUAAUCUGGAUUUUUGUUUUGAUGCAGACUAUGAAUUGCACAAAUGGCAGUCUGAUAAUGAGUGCCUCAAAAGAAACUUGAGAAUGCUGUGAAGAAACAAUGAAAAACAGAAAGGGACUCUUACUUCAGCUACUUCAUUUUGACUUGUAAGACCGGGAAAGGGAAGCUUGUGUUCACUGAAGUGGUGUCUUUUUU